AUGGAUGUUAGCUCCUAUCUUCUGGUAUGCAUGUAUCUCAUGAAGACAUCUAAAGACCUUGCUACUUCCUUUCGCACAUACGAUCAGCAUGCUGUCAUCAAUGUAAUGGACCACUGUGCUGUUGACUGGGAGGUCAAGAUGUUCAAUAUUUCUGUGGACUAUAUUAUGGUAGAGAGCAAGAGAAUUGAUGUAUCCCUGAGGCAAGACUGUGAAGAUGAUAAUGGUGAUGAUUACUAUGAAUUAAACCUGGAGGGGCAACCAGAAGUCUCAACUGGUUCAGUAAAGGACCCUAAAACUGAAGUCCUAAGGAAUAUUGUGGUUAGAAAACCUGCAAAAGUGAUUUUUGGUAUAGAUAAAACUGAAAUGAAAUCAAAGCUAGAACAACCAUGGAAGAAAAAUCUUUUUGAAAGACUGGAGGCAAGAGCCCAAGCAAUGCAGCAGAAAAUAAUAGAUAAGGAUAAUCUGAAGAAGGAAUUAGAAAAAAAGACUGAAAAAAAACUCCCUGGAGAUAAUUUGGCCAAAGAGUGGUUUAAUACUGAAAACAUGACAGUGAAUACUCGUGCAUAUUUGCUUGACAAACUUCUACCCACCGUAGUUCCUGGAGUGGAGAAAAUGUUAACACAGGUGGAAAAGAAGAAGCUUUUGACACAAAUUGAUAUUCCAACUAAGUUUGAUCCAAUUAAUAAUUUGGGGGAAUAUUUAAUGAGAAACAAUACUUAUUAUAUCAAAGACUCAGGAAUGUCUGGUUACCAGAGGGUGAUGAGAGAUGUCACAGAAGACCUGAAAAUACAUGUUCCCGACACUAUCUGCAACAGAGUAGCCAAGAUGAAGAAGAAUGCUGAACAGAAAAGAAAACAAAGAGAAUUCAUAAACAAAGUGAAAGUCAAGGUGGCCAAUGCACGGAAACAGGCUCUGCGGGAGCAGUUCAAUGAGUGGAUUCUAGACCCGAAAGGAAUGAUUCCUAUGGUAGUGAUUCAGAAUGUUCUCUAUGAAUUUUUUCGAAAUCCAGAUUUCAAGCUUGAAUCAUAUUGCGAACAAUUGGAAAUUAUUGACUCAAUGGAACCCAGAUUGGACAAAGAAGAAUUUAUAGAAUACAUCUCUUCACAUAUUGCAGACUUUAAAAGUGAUAUGUUUGAGGAACUCCUUAAGCACCUUUGCCACUGUGCAGAUGAAUUCCGGGAGGUCAUAAAAACUGACAUGCAGAGGCAGAUGUUUGCUGCACUCUUCCUUCAUUGUGACUGUGGGAAGGUAGGGUUUUUGGAUCGGCAGCGGACAUUGGCCUUGCUGGAAAGAUUCUAUGAUCAAAGUUCACAAAACCUUAGGAGUUUACUCCGAAACCCAAGACAAUGGCCAUUGAUUGAAUUUGAAGAGAUAGACUUGCCUGAGUUUUGGGGUGACAUGGAUAAUCAGAAACACAUUUAUGAAGACUUUGACAAAGUGCUCUUAGAGAUGAACACAUUACUUUCUGAAAAACAUGUUAGCAAAACCCAAAGUAAAUUAUUAGAAAAUCCAGAAGAUCAGCAUAAACACGAUGAACAGAGAAAAUCAGCACCACCAUUAAACCCACCAGAAGAGCAGAGAGGGACAACUGCAGAACAGGGACCACACAGAAUUUCAGCUGAAGAACAAGAACAAGGCAAAGAGCCAUCUGCAGAACAAGAACUGUACAGAGAACCAGAAACAGAACAAGGAACCCACACAGAGUCAACUCUAGAACAAGGAUCAAGUAGAGAAUCAAUAAUAGAACAAGAACCACACGGAGUGUCAGUUUCAGAACGAGGCUCACACACAGACUCAAUAAUAGAACAAGGACCACGCAAACAGUCAUCUUUAGAACAAGGAUCACGGAGAGGGUCAAUUGCAGAAUUAGGGUCACGCAGAGAAUCAAUUACAGAACAAGAACAGCGCAGAGGGUCAACACCAGGACAAGGACCACACAGAGUGUCAGCCUCAGAAUACAGAUCACAUAGAGAGUCAACAAUUGAAGAACCAUUACAAAAGUCAGAACAAAAACCUGAUGGAGAGACAACUCCAGAAGAACAACAGGUCAUAGGUUUAACUUCGCAAUCAAGAAAUGGUAGUAUCUCAAGAGAAAGUUCCAAAUCUGGGGAGGUUACUCCCUCUGAGUACAUUGAAGAGAGGUCUUGGGAGCAAACACAUGAAGAAGAAGUAUUCGUGAGUACUGAACUGCAAGCAGAAGUUCCAACAUCAAGUAGCAAAGAUCAUUCAGGUAAAACUGCAAAUAUGGAAGUUCCAAAAGACAAAUCCUGUGAACCCAAGUCCCAAACAAUAGAAGGAAAGUCAUGGUCAGGUGAAUUUUUGACUUGUAACUGGAAAAAGAAGUAUGUCAAAUUUGAAGAUGAGGAACAGGCAGAAUUAAUCUAUGGUAGCUCCAGGUUCGCAGACCUACACUCAAUUAUCAGAAAUAUUCAGUCUUACAAGGAAGUAAAAGGAAGGACUGCCUUCAAUGGAGUUUCCUUCAAUCUUCUUCAGUUUGUACAACUCCUGGAGACAUUUGUUGGUGAAAAUUCCCCUUUGAGUGUCACUGAGAUGCUUGCCUCCUUUUUUAAGGGGGGUUAUGUGGAAACUAAAGAAGAGAAAAUGAGUGCCUUAGAACAGGUUAGACAAAAUGCUUUACAAGCCCAUCGGGAGCUUCUCCUUGAAGCCCUCUUUCAGAAGUGGGACAGUGAUGGCUCAGGCUUCCUGGAUCUGAAGGAGGUUGAUGAACUCUUGUAUGCGUACAAGGAGGGAAUGGAAAAAGAAUCCAUGAAGAAAGCUAAACUACAUAUACAAUUUCCAAAGCCACAUCCUGGUCAUGAAGUGAGGUUGUCUUCAAAACAAUUUCAGAAAUACAUACAAUUGGUUGUAUCUGAACUCAGGGGCAAUGAAGAUCAAGUUCUAGAAAAUGUUGUGGAAUUUCUGAUGACUACUUUAGAGAGGAGCCGUAUUGAGAGUAUGAGGAAUUGUGCCAGACGGAAGUGGCUGCACCGAAUCCAACAUGCUGCAGAGACAAGUGGGGUGUCCCUGGAGCCAGUGUACACUGAGACCUUUAAGGCCCUCACCCAGGACGCUGAAGCACAUGGAAAUAAGAAGAUCAGUGCUCACAUUUCCCUCUUAGAAGAAAACCUACUACUGCCUGAUAGAGGAAAUGUUCUGUUGAGGAAUGUGGCUUGUACCUUAGAUGAUGCUCCAUUUGUGCUGAACAGAGUGCUUUACAGGGACAUGAAGGGGAUCAGCUUUACAGUAGUGGAUGAAGGUAUGCCAAUCCAUAUCCCCCAAGUUCAGUACCAUGGGAACAUCUUCUUCUGGAACCAUUCCCGCAAUAAGAAUGAUCAUAACGGGUCGUUCCUGGCUCUGCCUCUUCAAGAUGCACAUAUGAGGAUCUUUGGGGUCCUGGCUGUUGAUACCCUUAGAGAUCCCCAUGAAAUAAACAUCUUCUUACCUCAUGAGAUCAGAUUCUAUCAGGGUGUUGCCAGUGUUUUUAGCACUGCCUAUCACUACGUCCACAGCCGUGAGCACAUCCUGCAUAUUGUGAUGACUGGCAUUGGCUGGCUCUAUGACUACGCACCUGGCAUCACCUCCAUCACUACGUACUUCAUUGAGCCUAGCCCAGACCAGGAUUCAGACUAUGUUUUACGCAAAAUGAUGGUCACAGGGCAGCUGGGUCUAACAGAAAUUCAUAAAAAUCCACCUACUGUCUUCAGGAAGUCAUGUAUCUUCAGGGAUUUUCUCUUUAAGUGUACAGACAGUGCACAAGUUGUUUUGGCCUCUGCCUGUGGAGAAACCCACAUAGUUAUUCCACUUCGUGAGAGAACAGGAAAGGCUCUGGGAGUCCUCGAUUUUAACAUUGGCCGAAGUAGGAUGUUGUUGUAUCAAGAGUUUAAAGAUCUACAGAAAAUGAUGAAGGUGAUCCAAGCUGCCUGCUAUGAAAUACUGGGUGAACUCUCUGGAGAGACAAAGAAAAAAUAUAUCUUAGAGAUUGAAAAUGUAGGGGAAGUCCAGCGGGCAGGAAUUGUCUUCUUCCGAAUCAUGCUGCAGGAGCUGCAGGAAAGCCUCCAGCUAUUCAAUUCCAUGGACUUUGUGUCACUGUUGCUCUAUGAUCAUAAGCCUCUCACAGAGCCAAAUUAUCCUCAAGACAGCAUAUCCCUGGAGUUGGAAGCCAACAUAAAACUAGUGCAGGACAUCUUGAGAGGCGUUAUAUUGUUCUUUCAUCCAGAGCUGGAAUUUUCAGGAGACUUUAAAAAUUGGGAUAAGUGUAAAUUUCAUAUUAACAGAUAUUUAGUCAAGAGUAUUUGUGCCUUUGAUCCAACUGCUAGCCAUGUGGUGGUGAAUUUACAGCUCAUUGAUGAAUGUAUCAGAGAUCAUUCCAGAACCGAAGUAUGGAAAUUCGGUAACAUUGUCAUUGAACACCUAUACCACUGGAUACACAUCUGUUCAGCUCUCAUGCAGCUAAAGAAAAAGCUAAAUAGUGCUAUUAUACCUCCAUUGCCCUCCAAGUCUGACAACUACAUGUAUGCGAAAAUGCCGGGGGAAAGUUCCCAAGGGAAAUGA